UUGGUCGAACGGGAAAGGGGCGGGGCUGGGAUGGUCGAGGGCCGGGCUUGGUGGGCUUUGGAGGCGCCGGCUGGUCUCCUCGGGCAGAGAUGGCGGACGAGAUCAGCAAAGCUCAGGUGGCCCAGCCGGGCGGAGACACCAUCUUCGGGAAGAUCAUCCGCAAAGAGAUCCCCGCCAAGAUCAUCUUCGAGGACGAGCAGUGCCUUGCUUUCCAUGACAUUUCUCCUCAAGCUCCAACCCAUUUCCUAGUGGUCCCUAAGAAGCAAAUUGCUCAGUUGUCCCAAGCGCAAGAUUCUGAUGAAGCUCUACUUGGACACUUAAUGAUUGUGGGCAAGAAAUGUGCUGCUGACUUGGGCUUGACCAGGGGAUUCCGGAUGGUGGUGAAUGAAGGGCCAGACGGUGGUCAGUCUGUAUAUCAUGUACAUCUACAUGUUCUUGGUGGCCGUCAACUGGGCUGGCCACCAGGUUAAGAACGCGAGAGAGAAGUGUGGAAAAUGUCCUCAAGCCACCACUUGAAAUAUAGUCAACAAAUGUCGUGCAAAAUCUAACCAGUGUCAUUAACCUCAGUCCAUUACCCUUUCUUGAAGAGAAUAAAUGUUUGCUCAAAUUUUGUUCAGUAAAAUGAGAAGCAUGUUAAAUCACCA